GUCCUGUCCGAAUAGGGCUAAUGACAGAAAAUGCGUUUGUUUCCACAGAAUCUGUACUCGUUUUUCAGAGAAAUGAUGAACCUCUUCAUUUUCGUCCCAGUGUGGGUUUUACAGCAUGGUGUGUCUGGUUUUGAUACAGAUCUAGAGUUAGUGAUUGUGAUGGAGGGAGAUUCAGUCUCUCUGUACACUGAUGUUAAAACAAAUCAACAUGAAAAGAUUAAAUGGUUUUUUAAUGACACUCGUAUCGCUCAAAUCAGUGACUAUCUCAGUAAGACCUGUACAGAUGUUGAGUGUAAUGAAGGGACUGAGAGAUUCAGAGACAGACUGAAACUGGAUCAUCAGACUGGAUCUCUGACCAUCACAAACAUCACAAACACUGACUCUGGACUUUAUCAACUACAGAUCAUCAGCAGCAACAGCAUCAGUAAAAAGAUCUUUAGUAUCACUGUCCAUGAAGUUCCUGGUGCAAAGACAGACAAAGCGGGAGGAUCUUUUACUUUCGAUUCUGGUGUGAUGAAAAACCCAGACGCUUUGAUGACGUGGUACUUCAAUGACACUUUCAUAGCAAAAAUGAACGGCGAUCCCAGUAGGAUCUGUAUAGAUGAUCAAUGUAAAGAUGCUGAUGAGAGAUUCAGAGACAGACUGAAGCUGGAUCAUCAGACUGGAUCUCUGACCAUCACAAACACCAGAACCACAGACUCUGGAGAUUAUUAUCUUGAGAUCAUCACCAACGGCAGCAGCAUCCACCGGCACCACAUUAUCAGCUUUGUCGAUGAAAAGGGCUUCAGUGCUCCCAUCACUGACGAGUUUAUUUCAGUCUAUUGGAUUGUGUGUUUAUUUGCUGUAGCAGCAGCAGCAUGUGUUCUUCUGGCCAUUACAGGAGAAUGGUGUAGAACAUUUACCUGUUAAAAAAGACCAUCCUGCAUCCCUCAUUAAAUAAUCUGGUAGACCUAUACUACCUAUAUUACCUAUUAUUGCAUCAAAGUUUGGUAAUACUUUACUAU